GUUGUUUUGUAAUUGUAUAUUGCUUUUUAGUUUGAUACUAAGUAUUAAGCACAUUUCUUUAUUCUUCCAUGUAUUUUCUGCAGUUGUUCUUAUUUUAAUCUCAAUAAGGAAGCUGGAGGAAGGAAUUUCCAAAUUCUAUGCCCGGCAUUCAGCCUUACUAUAACCUCCAAGGGCAGCACUGAGAGCACUGAGGGCCUGGGUGGCAGGGAAGAAUGCACUGGGACCGCCCUUAAAUGUUCUUCAAAUUCCCUUCCUGCCUGGCUGGCUGGCAGCUCAGAGGGAUGGAGUUGCAGAGACUUUCAGUUCCCAGGGUUAGGCAAUGGCGUUGCAUCCGGGGUGAUGACAAGAGGAGCUGGAAGGCACACCUUGUCCGCGGGGCGGCAAGGGUGUGCGCGCGACGGGUAGGUGGCCAGCAGCCGUUGUGGCGCGAAGCUGUUUCCCAGGGGAGAACCAGCCGCCGCCGUGGCACUGGUUCCGACCUGCAGGGCAAGCCUGACACGGCCAGGCCCUGGGGACCCACCAUGGAUCCUGAAGCCACCAGACGUGAGUUUGCCAAGGCACCUUCAGCGAACUUGCAACCGGAGCCUCCCACACCCCUGGCGCGUCCCAAUGCACCUCCGCCGCAAGCCAAGCCGCAAGCCAAAGGCUCGGUUCGUGCAGUGCGCAUCGCACUGCCAAAGCAGUCUGUCCAAAGCGCACAAUCAAAGCCCUCUGCACAGGGUUUGUCCAAGGGCUCAAAGGAGGGCAUGGUCAAAAAGCGUACUAAAGAGGGGACGAUCAAAAAGCCUGCCGACGAGGAGUUGACCAAAAAGCUUGCUGAGGAGAUCAAAAAGUAUGCUGAGGAGGAGGCGGUCAAAAAGCGAGCUGAGGGCCGGGCCAAAGUCCCUGAGAAGUUCAGGGACAGCCUCAAACGUUUUUUCUUCUCACCCACUGGAAUGCUGAAGAUCCUGAGAAUGGGGUUUACCAUAGGAGCAUUAGCCUGUUUCAUCAUCAUUCAAGCCAAUGAGUCAUAUAUCGCAAUCACAGUUCUGGAAACCAUCAUUGUCCUUUUUUUUAUUCUAAUAUAUAUGCUAACCCUUCACCACUUGCUGACUUAUUUACAUUGGCCCUUACUUAGUGCCAAGCGACAGGAAGCAGACAAAGCAAAAUACCAGCAACUGUAAUUGGACAUAUGGAAGACCCUGUUAGUUAUGGACAGCUAUACCCACGGAGAGGUUUCUGAGGGGAAACUAAAAUCUCUGUCCAUGGAAAUUUUCAAGAAGGGAAGGUAAAGUAACGGUUUUUGAGCACAUACCAUGUGCCAGAUACUUCUUCAUAUAUUACCUUAUUUAAUCCUCACAACAACCCAAUGAGGUUGUAGGCAUCCCUCACCCCCCAUUUAACAGAUGAGAAAGUUGGAUUGGAGAGAUUAAAUUGCCCAUGGUCAUAUGUAGGUGCAUUGAAACUCAAAUUUGAGCCCAGAUCUGACUCUAAAGUCCAAGCUCUUUCGAAACUAUUGUCUUGUGAUGGCUUCUUUAUGUCCAUUCUCCCUUAAGGUAAGGAACUCAGUGAGGCUACAUCUUUUGCCCAGUUAUUCUGAUGUUCAAUAAACUAACAGCACACAUAUUGAGCAACCACACAGUAGGUCAGAUGGUGAGUGAUCUAACUGAUUUGGAAGUUUUUGAGAAAAAUCCAUUAAAACAAGACCCAAAUUGUGUUCUCUUCUCCCAUCCAGUCUCUUCCUUUCUAAUCUGCCCUUUCAGAUCCCAUGAGAUGAAAGACAUGUACGUAAAUGAUUUCUCAGAGGGACAAGUAGCUACCACUGGGUGUUAAUAGAGAGGUCUUGGCACAGCAGGAGAUGUGCUACUUUAAUGAGGGUAUUGGUGCUAGAAGGUGAUGACUUGGCACUUCAGAGGGUAGAUGAACUUGGAGAUGUUGUUAGCCUCAAGCUACAGGAACCACUUGGGACCUUAUCGCAAGGUCAUUGUGGGAAGCCACAGAACACACAGCCUGUUUCAUACUGGAACUCUUUUCAAGCUCUGCAUAGGCUCAACGGCUUGCCCCCAGACAAGAUGUGUCCAAGAUGCACAGCUGCCAUUUCCUUUCAGCCUUUUUCUUCGUGCAAGACGGUUUGGUUCCCGGGACGUAUAGGAUUAGGGUAAGGAGUACUGAUUAGGGAAAGGUCUAGGAUUAGGGUAAGUGGUGAUUUCUAACUUAAAGUCUCCUACAAGGAUAGACUUCCUUAUUUCCCCAUUCCAAUUCUUAUUUGACAAAGGGGUAAGGGUACAGUUCCCCACCAGGGAGGUAAAUAGAAAGUCUGAUACAUCAAGGCUUUGGACUUUCAGCAGGGAAGCCUCAAGAAGAGUAUUGGCCUCAGAUACAGGUGACCUGCUGAGAUCUGUGGGCCCUGGGACCGUAUUUUGUCAAGGCCGCCUUCUCUGAACAGAUGAUGGAGCAAGGGCUUGGGGACCCACACUAAGUUUCUGAGUUACAGCUGCCCUGUGCCAGGGACCCUGACACUCUGGGGGGGGCGCAGGUCCAGCUCUCAGCCGCUAACCUAUGUUAGGGCCUGUGAGUCCUGCUCCUUGGAUGGGUUUAUGCAUUCUUGGAACAUGUGAACUCACAGAAUAAAUGUCACCCAACUUCCAGGGCAUUGGUUUUACCUGCAAAUUUGGGAUUGGAAUUAAAUCAGCAAAUAAAGUGCUAAUCUAACAUUUUAAAAUUUAAGCCGUUUUUUUAUCAGCAUGACUCUACAUCAAAGCUAGCAACAGUACAACUUUGCUCACCCCACCACACUGUCUUUCUAUUUAGAGUUAUCAACUUUAUCUACCCUAAUCUAGUGUCAUCUGCCAAUAUA